AAAAGUUUGUUGUGCGGCGAAAAUUCGCCAUCAGCAAAAGCAAAACAAGCGAAAAAAAUUAUGAGUCAUUUUCAACACACAAAAGGUAAAUUUUUGACUAAAUUUUCGUGCCCGAAAAAUGUCCGAGAGUGAGUGUCACGAUGUACUGAAGAAGGCACUGGAUGCCGAUGAGGCGGGCAAUACGGACCUUGCUAUGGAAUUCUAUACGAAAUUCGUGGAAUUGACGCUAAAAAUCGAAAAUACAGCAUCAAAGGAGAAACUUCAGAAUCUCGCAAGAUCAGCCCUGGAUAGAGCGGAGGAGAUUAAAAGGAAUUCAGUUGGUGAAAAGGCACGUACUGAGGAUGUUUCACAGCAAGUAUCAGCAGUUCAGCCAAGGUUACCCUCCCGUGGACCCACAACGUCUGGAGCGCAGGGGUACACAAAGGAAGAAAAAAUUGUCCUUGAGCACACAUCCCACAUAAACAAACACAUCUUUGUUCCAUUCAUGAGUAUUGAUUUGAGUGAUAAAUUCAUCUAUACGAUCCCUUUUACGGAUCCCGAUGGACUCCUGGCGCUGGCGCCAAAGCAGAAGAGUGAAUUGGUCUCAUGGGAAAGGAUCAGUGAAUUGUGUGAAGAUGCGAAGAUGGUGCAGAAUCAAACGGUGGAUUUCUUCAGUAUUCAGCAGACUGUUGUGUCAGAUUGUAGCUUUGUUGCCUCCCUGGCUGUUUCGGCGCUGUACGAAAAGAAAUUCGGCAAGGCCCUCAUUACGUCCAUUCUCUUCCCGAAGAAUUCCUCCGGGCGUCCCGUGUACAAUCCCAGUGGGAAGUACAUGGUGAAGUUGCAUGUAAAUGGAAUUCCUCGGAAGAUUGUUGUGGAUGACUACCUGCCAGUGGGACGUCAUGGGAAGCUCCUAUGCAGCUAUUCCAACAAUAAAUCCGAAUUUUGGGUAUCAAUCCUGGAGAAGGCGUACAUGAAACUAAUGGGUGGUUAUGAUUUUCCCGGAUCAAACAGCAACAUCGAUCUGCACGCACUCACAGGAUGGAUUCCCGAGAGGGUAGCUAUAAAGAUGGAUCAAUCCACAUUUGACGGGGAUGCUGUAUUUGAGCGUCUCCGGACAGGUCUUGCCAUGGGGAGAUGCCUCGUUACAGCAGCAACGGGAGAUUUGCCAGAGGUAGAGGAGAAACGCACAGGGCUGGUAUCUACGCAUGCCUAUGCCGUUCUGUAUGCAAGAAUAACCGCAGAUGGCGAGAAAUUGCUACAGCUAAAGAAUCCCUGGUCACAUUUGCGCUGGAAAGGGAACUACUCGGAACUCGAUGCAUCCCAUUGGACACCGGAACUCAUGCAAGAACUCAACUAUGAUCCCUCAGUGGCAUCAAAGGUGGAUAAUGGUGUCUUCUGGAUUGACUACGCUUCCGUCCUGCACUUCUUUGAUGUCUUCUACAUAAACUGGGAUCCAGCACUCUUCCAGCAUACCUACUGCGUUCAUCAGAUGUGGCGUGCCGGAAUGGGACCCACAAAGGAUGUCUACACAAUUGCUGAGAAUCCUCAAUUUCUCCUUAAAAUAAAUCCCGGAGCUGCAUCCGUGUGGAUCCUUCUCACAAGACACAUCACAACCAUUGAGGAUUUCCGGCAGAACAAGGAGUACAUUGCACUUGUUGCCUAUGAGAAUGAUGGCAGGAAAGUUUACUAUCCUUAUGAUCCAAAACCUUUUCAUGAGGGUGUGAGGAUAAAUAGUCCGCACUAUUUGUGCAAAAUCCGGCAGGAUCCUCAAAAGACAAGGCUUGUAACUUUGGCUAUUUCUCAGUACGAGAAAUCAACCACAAUCUACUAUACGCUGAGAGCCUAUUCCAGGGAUAGGUUUGAGCUGCACAAAUUGGAUAGUGGCUUCACAAAGGCGGAGAAGAUUAAUGGGGCGUGGGAAGGAAGUACAGCUGGUGGAUGUUCAAACUACCCACAGACCUUUGGGAAAAAUCCAAAAUUCCGACUAACAGUUGGGCCACGUCCUAAAUCAACGCUCCUCAUUGAAUUGAGAGCUCCGAAGAUCUACCAGGUGGGCUUUGAAGUCACCACAGUGUCCUGUGAUGAUCCCGAAGUGACAGCUAGUUUUAUAAAACAAGGAUCUGGGGUCUAUCGUUCGGGGUAUUGUAUGCUGGAGCUGGAAAAUCUCCCAGCAGGGGUGUACACUGUUGUCCCAACGACAUUCCUUCCAGGACAAGAGGGACCUUUUAUCCUGGAUAUCAAAUGCUCCACAGGAGUUAAAAUUGAAGAGAUUACCUCGCGAGAAGCGGUGUGAUAAAAUUUUUAUUAAUCUUUUACUAUUUGAUCACUAAUUUAAGCUAAAAAAUAAUAAAUUUCUCAUUUUAUCCGUUAAAAAA